AAUUAUUAAUUAAAAAUGAAACCUUUUUUUUAGGUGAGAAAUGCGUUAUCCAUUCUAGCGGGAAGAAACAAACAACGGUUGGAGGACACCAACAAUGGUGUUGGUUUGUGCUUCCUCACUUUCUUCAACACUUUCACUCACAAAGUUUGUUCCUUUCACUUCUCAGAUUCCAACAACACCAUUUGGUUCCUCUUUCCUAUUCAACAACAGAUAUAAUAAUGUUCCUGUUGUUGUUCCUCUUCUUUUUGUUUGUCAUGCUAAGAAAAAAAUUGGUUUUUUUGAUCAAAUUCUUGAUUACAUUGAAGGAGGUCCUAAAUUAAGGAAAUGGUAUGGUGCACCUGAUCUCAUUGAAAAAGAUGGUACUUCCACAUCAAAUGCUGAUGCCGAUGAUUAUCCGGAAGAUGAAGUUAGGGAUGCUGUCCUGGUAACAGAUGGAGAUAGUGAGAUGGGUCAGAUGGUGAUAUUGUCAUUGAUUGUGAACAAAUCUCGAGUAAAGGCAUUGGUGAAAGAUAAACGAGUUGCACUUGAAUCCUUUGGAAGUUAUGUUGAGUCAAUGGUAGGAGAUACAAGUGACAAUCGAUUCGUCAGGAAAGCUCUACGAGGAGUUCGCACAGUUAUAUGCCCAAACGAGGGUUUUAUUUCUAGCGUUGGGAGCCUUCAAGGGGUAAAGCAUGUGAUCCUCUUAUCACAGUUGUCAGUUUAUAGUGGUAAACUUGGCAUUCAAUCUAUGAUGAAAAGCAAUGCAAAGAAAUUGGCGGAGCAAGAUGAAUCUGUAGUGAAGACCUCAGGAAUUCCUUACACCAUAAUCAGGACUGGUGAAUUACAGGAUACACCUGGUGGACAGCAAGGUUUCACCUUUGACAAGGGUUGUGCGGGUAGCGGAAGUAUAAGCAAAGAAGACGCUGCCUUUAUAUGUGUAAAAGCCUUAGAGUUUGUUCCACAAACCGGAUUCACAUUUGAAGUGGCUAAUGGAGAAAAUAAAAUUUCAGAUUGGAAAGAGUGUUUGGUCACAUUGAUGGAGAAAUCAAGUUAGCAACCUCUUCAGUGAACAUUCAUACCACGCAGUCAGAAUAUGGCUAUGUCGAUAAAUCAGAACAAAAUUUGAGUUUGUGUUUUGAAUCUGAUAUAUUUUUAUUGAAGUGAGUAGUCCAAUACUCAUUAUGUUGGUUUGUUUUUACUGCAACAAAUCCAAGUUCAUGUAUCCUGUAAGUAUUCCAUUUCUGAAAAGUGCGAUUUGCACUUUUUCUUACCUUCCUGUGAACAAAAUUAUUGUUUUCUGCAUAUGUUAAUAAGGUUAUGGUAA